CGUAGCAGACAUCUUUAUGUCUCAGAGCUGGAAGGAUUACCGACUUCGACUUCCAGAAAACAUGACCAGCUACUACCGACUUCUCCCUGUGAGUUGGUUAAAACGGAUGUGGCGACCGGACUCUUUCUUCAAGAACGCUAAGAAGGUCACCUUUCAAGAAAUGACUAUUCCAAAUCAUUACAUCUGGUUAUAUGAUGAUAAAACUAUUCUUUAUAUGGUCAAGUUAACACUUAUUUUAUCUUGUGCCAUGACGUUCGAAACCUAUCCGCACGACACCCAGAUCUGUACCAUGAAAAUAGAAAGUUUAUCAUACACUACCGAUGAUCUAGUGUUCGACUGGGAACCUGAAACUCCUCUGGUUGUUGAAGAUUCGAUUGAGUUGCCACAGCACAUUUUAAUCGACAAACGUCUAGGAUAUUGUACCCAAGUCUACUCAACUGGAAACUUCACAUGUAUUCAAGUUUCUUUUAAGCUAAAACGUCGUCUGGGCUACUACAUGUUUCAUACCUACAUCCCUACCUGCUUGAUCGUCAUCAUGUCCUGGAUCUCAUUUUGGAUCAGACCGGAAGCUGUCCCUGCACGUGUCACGCUUUGUGUCACGAGCCUGUUGACGUUAUCGACUCAACAUGCACAGUCGCAGAAGUCACUUCCGCCUGUGUCGUAUAUUAAAGCAAUUGAUAUAUUUAUGUCAUCAUGCACUGUCUUUGUCUUUGCCUCCUUGAUGGAAUACGCACUUGUCAGCAUUUUACUAGGAGAAUAUGACGACCAAGCUAGCAAAAAAAGUUUACGAAAUAUGCUUUUAACAGCAAAAGGUGCGGAAGAUGUAAAAGCUGCUAAAGGAAAUAGGCCUAAAACUCUUGCAUCGUCUGCACAGCGAAGAAAAGAAAGAGCAAACCUCAUGGACAAAAUAUCACGUGUGGCUUUUCCACUAUCCUUCAUUUUUCUGAACUCUGUAUAUUGGUUCGUUUUUUUAUUCAUGGAUCCUGAUUAGGCUUGAUAAAAGCGUUAGUUCUCACGUGAUAAUAUUGGGUCUUGAAAAUCAAUAGUGUUUAUAAUGACAAGUAAGAAAGUUUGUUGUCAGACAUAUGAACGAAAUAAACAUCAAAUACUGAAAUAAAGUACGAAUUGGUAUUCAGUAGAACAAUUUUAUUGACAAUGCCAAGUUUCGGAAUCGAAAAAUAACAUAUUACUAGACAAAUACUCAACUAAACUCUAUUAAUUACAUUCAUUAUUUAUUUCACAGAUUAGAAAUAAUUUUAACACCCUAAUCCAAGCAUCACACUUCAACAGAUCGUUACAAAGAUGAUUCUUAGAAAAAUGUGUUAUCAUAAGAAAUUUUAUAGAUAUUCCACUUUAGCUGAUCCUUUUUGAAAUUGUUAA